AGCACGGACAGGAAGUCGACCAAAACAAAAGGACGCACGUGACUGAACAUCGAGAAACACCAGAGCAGCGGGGAAAUAAACCGGGAGAAGAGAAGUUUGCCGCGUUAGGUGAAGUAAUACAGGAGAAAUGGAGGAACGGGGGGAACAACGUGCGACCACCACCGACUUUCACCUGUCCUGGUGCUACAUCAAGAAGAAGAUGGUUCACGAAAGUCUGUACGCUUCCAAUGUUCCGAUGCUUCAGAGGGAAUUGAACAGAUCUGCCAUGCUGCCGAGACUUCCUGUCUUUUUCCUCAUUUCUUUGCCAGUUUUCCUGGUGCAGGGCAGCACCACCAGUUCACCUGGGAAGAGCUCUGCUGCCCCAGCCAGUCCUCCACCCCGCCCGCCUCCUCCUCUGGGGGACCCCAGCUGGGCUCUGGGUCUGCGCCUGUACCAGGCCCUACGCUCCGACCCCAGCUCAGUAAACACCCUGUUUUCACCUCUGCUCCUGGCCUCCUCACUUAAAGCGCUGGGUGGAGGUGCUGCGGGCACCACUGCCAACCAGCUCGGAGACCUCCUCAAGACCCCCGCCCCCUCCAAGGCCAGCUCUCAGGCAGGAGAGCUUCUGUCCGGGGCGUUAAAGAGCUUUGCCAAAGCAAACGUGACCGCUUUUCACCUGCACACGUCCUCAGCUGUGUUUUCCAAGCAAGCCCCUGCGGUCAGUCAGGCCUUCGUGAAGGACAGCCAGGCCAAGUUCGGGCUUCAGCAUCAGCCACUGGGGAAAGGAGACUCCAAGGCUGACCUGAAGCGGCUCCAUGACUGGGCUAAAGAUGGGCUUGGGGGGCUAGAAGCAGCUCCUUUGGAGGCAGAAAUCAAGGUCAAGGCUGGAGCCUUGAUACUGGCUAAUGCCGUGCACUUUAAAGGGCUGUGGCAGAGAGAGUUCAGCGAGGGGAGCACAGACCAUCGAACCUUCUUGGGGAAGAAAUACACCAAAGUGGUGAUGAUGCACAGAGCAGGUUUGUUCCGUCACUUUGAAGACAUAGAAAACAUGGUGCAGGUCCUGGAGGCGCCGCUGUGGGGAGGCAAGGCCAGUCUGGUGCUCCUGCUGCCCUUCCAUGUGGAGAAUCUGGCUCGGCUGGACAAGCUGCUGACCCUGGAGCUGCUGUCCAAGUGGCUGGAUUUGAUAGUAAUCUGUGAAACCCCUGGUGGGUAG